AUGUUCUAUUUUCAUAUUUCAAACCUUAUCACCGUGCUCCAUAUAGUCCGGACUAUCAAGGACGUCAAGCGUAUCGCCACGCUGCAUGGUACAUACGAAACCCACGCCAGCCCCCCUUGUGCUCCACCCACGCUUACUCGUCCCGAAGCCAGCGCUACUGAAAUGGAGAACCCACGGGCGGUUUGCGCCAAUCGCCCGGGGUUGUCGUGUACCAAGACUUUCUCCUUUUCUCCCAUUUCCCUUCUCGUCUGA